AUGCAAAUAUACACUGACAACCACCCACAUAUCUACAGUCGGCACAUGUUGUAUCGAUCACGACUGCCCAUUAAUUUUCACGCAUGCAUCUGCCGUGGCGUCAGGCUCCCUUGCUCGUCCUCAGCUUGUGUCUUUGAGGAAUUGGUCAAUUCUGCUUUCUCUCUCUCUCUCUCUCUCUCUCUCUCUCUCUCUCUCUCUCUCUCUCUCUUCCUAUCUAUCUAUCUAUCUAUCUAUCUAUCACAUUGUUUUCAUAUAUCUCUGUCUGUCUGUCUAUCAAUUUAUCGAUCUAUCUCGGUCUGUUCAUAUCUAUCUAUCUAUCUAUCUAUCUAUCUAUCUAUCUAUCUAUCUAUCUAUCUAUCUAUCUAUCUCCGUCUGUUCAUUAUCUAUCUAUCUAUCUAUCUAUCUAUCUAUCUAUCUAUCUAUCUAUCUAUCUCCGUCUGUUCAUUAUCUAUCUAUCUAUCUAUCUAUCUAUCUAUCUAUCUAUCUAUCUAUCUAUCUAUCUAUCUCAGUCUGUUCAUAUCUAUCUAUCUAUCUAUCUAUCUAUCUAUCUAUCUAUCUAUCUAUCUAUCUCAGUCUGUUCAUAUCUAUCUAUCUAUCUAUCUAUCACAUUCUUUUGAUUAUCUAUCUAUCUAUCUAUCUAUCUAUCUAUCUAUCUAUCUAUCUAUCUAUCUAUCUCAGUCUGUUCAUAUCUAUCUAUCUAUCUAUCUAUCUAUCUAUCUAUCUAUCACAUUCUUUUCAUUAUCUAUCUAUCUAUCUAUCUAUCUAUCUAUCUAUCUCUCUCAAGCACUCUAUCUCCCUCUCUCUCUCUCUCUCUCUCUCUGCGAAAUGUCUAGUCAUAUCUCUGUAUAUCUGAUAUCUCUUUUCGCAUCUAUCUCAAUAUUUUCUCUCUCUCUCUAUCUCCCCGGCACUCUCUCUCUCUCUCUCUCUACCUAUCUCUAUCCAUUUUUCCGUGUCCAUUUCUAUCUCUCUAUCUGCCCCUCUAAACGUAAUCUAUCUAUCUAUCUAUCUAUCUAUCUAUCUAUCUAUCUAUCUAUCUAUCUAUCUAUCUGUUUAAUUCACACGCCGUUCAUCAUGCUCUUCCCCCUCUCCUGCUUCAAGGUGCGUCUUGUGUGGAACUUGGUUGGCUUCAUAGGGAGGCUCGCGCACGUCACAGCGUGUUCCAGACUUUUACCGGCUUCUUCUUGCAAAUUCUUCGAUUCUGCAUGUCUUACGAUAUAG